AUGUUCUCUAAAAUUUUCGGUAUCAGCGCUGUUUUGGCGGUGGCCUCUGCCGGCCUCCUCCCCGCUGCCCACUACUCACCAGCGUCCGCUGUAUCAUCACAAAGCAUUGUCCGCCAUGAGCAGCCAAUUGCUGUUCACGCUGCCCCUGUAGCUAUCAGUCACGCCGCUCCUAUUGUCCACGCCGCCCCAUUAGUCCAUGCUGCUCCAGCCCGCGCUAUCAUCGCCCAACACGAGGAAUACGACGCACACCCCAGCUACGACUUCGCCUACUCCGUAGCCGACGGCCACACCGGUGACAACAAGUCCCAGCACGAGAGCCGUGACGGAGAUGUUGUACGUGGUGAAUACUCCCUGGUUGAAGCUGACGGCUCAAUCCGCCGCGUGGAAUACUCCGCUGAUGACCACAAUGGUUUCAACGCCAUCGUCAGCAACUCUGCACCCGCUCACGCUCGCGCCGCCCCCGCUUACGCCCCGACUGCCGUUCUAGCUCACCAUUAA